GCCUCUAUUGCAUUUCGGUGGAUGAUGGACAGGCUCGUGUAUCAUGACGACGAUGUAAGCACGUUGUGCAGCAAGUACACAGAGAGAACUCCUAGCAGCGUCCUGACUAUAUCUGACAAGGAGAGGAGAGCUCUAUGUGCGGCUGAUCUGAUGAGCAGGGUGUCCAACGUCAGCAUCCGCCACUUGAAUGAACGCCCGGUGUCACCUAUACACACACAGCACGUCGACACAUGAUCAUCUGCACGCACCUGCCUGUCUGCCUGCCCACCGAGUGUGUAGCAGUGGCUGAGUGCGAUUCUGUAUUGCUUAGCGAAGCCCUCACACCGAGUCUGAUCCAAAUACUCGGUGAUCGUCGCAUUUGGGGAAUUAGAGUCCUAUCACACACACACAUGCACAGACAGCACACACAGACACAGACGCAGACACAGACACAGACACAGACACAGACACAGACACACAGAGACAGACAGACAGACACGAUACAUCCAUGUCUCUGGCUGCCUUCUCACACUCUCACCGAUCCCAGUGAAUAUCUCUCUGCGCCACUGGCGAAUCGGAGACACUCGCCGUCGGCCGGGUAGACAUAUUCUAUAAAGGGGAUUCCACUACAGUCCACAGACUCAAAAAAUGAUUGCUGCAACCGGCGUACAUUGGAACACCUGCACACAGACACAGACAGACAGACAGAACCAUUCCUCUCUGUUCCACCCACCCAUCCGCCCACGCCCAUCCCGACUAACUCACUGUGUGUUGCAGGUGGGUGAUCUGUCGAGCAGCGAGUACACGGCAUAGAUGUUUUCAGAGGGGAGCAGCACCGAGCACGUCCCCACGACGGGCUUGAUGACGGCCGUCGUCGUCACGCAGUGGUCCGAGUACAGCCGCACCUCCACCUGCGCCGUCACGCCAUAGGAGGGGGGCACUGACACGACCACAGAGUAGGCCGACGAGGUAUUAGACGCCCCUGGGCCAGCAGCAGCAGCAGGAGCAGACGGUGACGCCGUCGCAUUACUGCCAGCGAGUGUUGAGACGGCAGGUGGGCCGUCCGCUAUCGUGUUGGCAUAGCACGUGGUGGGGAUCAUCCUGACAGAGGACGGAGACGCCAGGGGCUCCUGGCAACGGUUCUCUGCGAAGAGAGCGGCCUGGAUGUCGUAGAGCUGCGGCGCGGCGCUCUUUAGCAGUGCAAAACUGCAGAACAAGGAUAGAGCACGGCCCCGACUGAUGAUAAGGCGCAUCUGAGAGGAGAUUGGCUGCGGAAACCGGGGGAAAAGAGUCGAG